CCGCGUUUCUUGAUUAUUGUCAAAGUUCUCAUGCACGGUGUUUAUUUCUGCUGGUAGUGUUGUAUCGGAAAGUAAGAAUUGUUUUAUUGCUUUCCAGUUCCAGAUUUUGUGGGUAACACAUGUUGUAAAUUUUUAUUUGCUAAUAUGAAAACCAGCAAGUCGCCGGUAAACAAGGAGGUGACACCAUCAAAGAAGAAAUUAACACAAGCUCGUCUUCCUUUCAAGUUAAUCAGCGAUGCUUCACCGACCACAGUCCCUCAACAGCCUCGAAAAAGGAAGUUAUCUGCGCCUAAUUCUGAACCGCUGACUAAGAUCGGUAAAAUCAGCAAAGAAAAUGGUCUAACGGAUGACACAGUUGUCAUAAGCAACGAUGAGUGUAAAAUCGAAAAGGAACCGCAAAAUGAUGACAAAACUAUGAAUCCGUUUGUAAAAUUAGUGGAUACAGCUUGGAAAAAGAAACAAAAAAGUAAGAACAAGAAAAAUGAAAAGAAGAAAAAAGAUCCAGAGAUUCUACCAACUAGCAUAAAAAGUAGUGAAUGUGAGGAGGCUAUGGAAGUAGAGCCUUCAGAUUGUGUGUCAGAUGAAAAUGGUAUUCCCAACCAUGAUCAGCCACCAAAAAUUCAGCCAAGUUCACCUUCAGAAAGUGAUGUUGAUAAGUCAUCUAAUGCACCUGUUUUAACUGAAAAAUCUGCAGAUUUUUCAAAUAAUGUUGAUUUGAUAGUCUUAGAUCGUUCUAAUAACUCUAACGAUGUUAAUCUGAAAACAAAUAAUGAAACUCCAGCUGAUAUUGGUACUGAAAAAAAUUGUGAACCUCAUAAUAAAAAUACUUCUGACUUACAAGAAAAUGGUGAAAAUAAAAAUGAUGUAAUUUCUAAAGAAAAGUGUACAGAUCUUGAAAAAUCUGAAGAAUCUCAAAAGCCUAAAGAUAAAUCAAAAAUAAAUGUACUGACACCAAAAAGGAGCAGUAGGAAUAAAGCAAAGCAGGAAGAAAAUUCUCACUUGAACUCUUCUACUUUGAAUGAUUCAAUUUGCUCCACACCUAGUACUCCAAAAAUGAAUAGGAGUUCAUCUGUUUCAAAUAGUAUAGGAAAUGAGUCUUUGAAUGACUCAUCUGCCAGUCUUACUCCAAAACAGCAACAGAAGAAAUUGGAGUAUGCCAAGAAGAAGGAAGAGCGGGAGAAAGAGAAGCAGGAACGUGAGAAAAAAAAACAGCAAGAAAAAGAAGAGAGAGCUAAAUUGAAACAAGAGAAAGAAGAACAGAAGAAGCGAGAAAGAGAAGAAAAGGAGGAGGCAAAGAAGAGGGAGAAGGAGGAAAAAGAAGAACAGAAGAGGAAAGAGAGAGAGGAGAAGGAAAGGCAGAAGGAGUUGGAGAAAAAAUUAAAAGAAGAAAAAGAGGAUCAGAAACGUAAAGAACGAGAGGAAAAGGAGGAGCAAAGGAAGAAAGAGAAGGAGGCCAGAGAAGAAGAGAAGAGAAAAAAGCAAGAAGCUAUAGAACUCGAGAAACAGGAGCAGGAAUUGAAGAAAAAGAAGGCAGCGGAAGCAUUCACCAACUUCUUUGUGCCAAAACAGAAAUCUGAAAAGUACCAAACUACAGAGCCAGCAAGCAAAACAGAUAUUUUAUCAAGUUUUAGAGUAAAAGUGGAUAUGAGAUUAGCACCUACUGUGCGGAAUGAUUUGACUGAAGAGAAGAGAGAUAAUUUGGAUAAGCUGAUGGAGAGACAGAAUAAAGAAAAGCUGUAUUUGAAAAGUCUCAAAGAAGGCAUUGCGAAACCUUUGUCAAGUGGGAAAACAUGGCCUUUGGAUGACAAAGACAAUGAUGUUAUGAUUAUUGAAGAUGAGCUGCCUCCGAUGGACCCUGCGGGCGAAAUCAUGACUUGCGAAUCAGCUGUCCGCGAGAAUCUUAGGCCUAAGUUACUGAGCUUCCAUGAGAACCGCCGGCCUCCUUACUGGGGCACGUGGCGGAAGAAGAGCGCGUUUGUUAAGCCUAGAAGACCUUUUGGACAAGACGAAAAGCAACUAGACUACGAGGUUGACAGUGAUGAAGAAUGGGAAGAGGAGCCGGACGGGGAAAGCAUCAAUGGCAGCGCCGCGGGCAGCGACGACGAGGAGGCGGACGAGUAUGAGGUGGACAACGAGGUGUUCGUGCCCCACGGAUACCUCAGUGAUGAGGAAGCCACGAUGGAUGAGGAGGACGACGUUCUAUCUCUCUCGCCCGAAGCGCAAAAAGCCAGGCUGAAAUAUCUAGAGGACGAGUUCGAGACUGAAAUGAAAAAGCCAACGGAAAAAUUAAAACCACGCAUCUACGGUUUACUAUGGGAGACGAGCGAUGGUGGAAAACCAGAUAAUUGUGUUGAUGCUCUAUGGAAUUACUUUCAAAAAUGGUCUAUGAUCAUGGGUGAUCCUACAAGUUUACUCAAACCUAGUGCAGAACCAGAGGAAGUGGAUAAGAAGAAAGUUAAAAAGAGGAAAUCUGAAGCUGCUGAGAAUAGCCCUAAAGCGGAAAGCAAGAAAAAGACUAAAUCUGAAAGCAAAGAGGUUAAAUCUAAAGCAGAUGUGAAGAAAAACACGAGUGAUAGUAAAAAAAAUCAACGCGAUAUAAAUUCGUUUUUAUCAAAAGUUAAAUCUUAAAUGUUUAGUUUAGUUUAACUGUGAGUGUCGCAGUCAACAGUAGAAGUAAAAUUACUUGAGACUCUUUCAUCAUUCAUUCAUAAAAUCACGUCUUUAUAUCCUAAGCGGCGUAGUGCCUUAGUCGCCUUUUACAACAUCCAUGGGAAAGAGAUGAAAGUGAUCCUAUUCUUGUUUAUAUUGGUGCCGGGAACCACACGGCACUCUUUCAUUAUGGCGUCUUGCAAUUCUUUUUAUUUACUUACUUCCUCCUUGCUUAUAAAAAUAGAUGGAUAAUAUCCUCUAUUGCACAUACAUUAUAACAGAAAUAACUUAUCCUCAACUUAUGCUAAGGUGAUGAACAAAAGUCGACCUUACAGCUGAAAGUCUACCUGUGUGCCGAAUUUCGUCAAAAUCGGUCCAGUAGAUUUUGCGGUUUCGUAACAAACAAAAGAA